UUAGAUACGUUUGCAGUAAAUGGCAAUAUUUAUAAUGUAUGAGCAUAGGAACAUCGGAAUGUCUAAUAAUUCAAAGAUGAUGAUUGAUUAAUGAUUAUGAAUUAUCCAAAUUUUCAAUCGUCACCUCGAGAUAAUUGCUUAUAAUUGCUUUAAAACAUUCCUGAUUAACCCCCCCUGAAAAAAUGAACUUGUAAGUGGGUUCGAUGAUUACGUCAAAAACUGUCCAAGAAGUGUCAACAAACGUUAUAAUUUGACUUGAAUCUAGACGUUUCUACCAGUAAACAUACACGAAAAGCCGUUGUAGAUGUUAAAAAACUUCACAUUGAAAGUUUUUUGCCCGGAAGACCUUCAUACACGUUAUUUAAAAGACUUCGAAAAUGACUUGUUUUUGUUGUGUGUCACACCAUUGGUAAAGAGACGGACAGGAGUCAAACAGAAGUAAAGCCUCAAGAAGCUUAAUGCGAUCAGUGUUAUUUGUUGAGCACUUAGAGUUUGAAUUUUCAGGCAACAUUCUUGAACGAGCAAUUGCGCUUGGCGAUGUGAAUAAUGAUGGAGGUUGUGAGCUGGUGGUUGCCAAUAUUUCUGGAGACUUGGCAAUCUUCAAGGGGAGUGAUUUGGAACCAUGGAGACGGUACCAUGGUCUUGGCAUGGUGUCUUGUGUUGUUAUCGGUGACAUGUGUGAUGUCGGACGGAAUGCUGUGUUUUGCAUUACCACUGAGGGGUGGUGUCAUCUGAUGUGUUUUGGUGAACAAGUUGUGUGUGACGAUGUUGAUGAACCGAAUGCCACACAUGGUGAUGUGAUAUCAACUCACCAUCAACCCUUCCCGACCAAUGGUAAAGUAGCUCUGAUUGCUGACGUUGAUGGCGAUGGAACAAACGAAUUGGUUAUUGCUUCAACUGAUCGAGUGGUCAGAGUUUUCAAAUGGGUCAAAGAUGAGGGGAAAAAAGAUGUAAAAACGCAAGAAAAAAAGAUGCUUGCAGAGCAAAGUUCAAAAAGCUCACUCAAGAAAUAUUUUAGCAGAGACAACGAUGAAGAUGAUAAGAAUGAAUCUGAGCAGUCUGAAUCCUCCACCAGUUCAGGAAUUUUUAAUGGCAAAUUUGUCUGUGUAAAAAGAUUGAAGCUAGCAGGACAAAUAGAAUCAUUGUCGGUUAUCGAGGGACGCAACGGAACAUCACCUGCUAUCCUUGUGUCUCAGCCUGGUGGAUAUAUUUAUCUAUUUUGUGGUGAGGAAUCUCUCCAAGAAAGUCUUCAUAAACAAAAGAAGAAACUAAUACCAAAGAGCUCAACAGUCUCAUUCACAGACUGUUAUUCCAGUGUGGACAACAGCAGACCACAACAUCCUCUCCCUCGUAGAAGUGAAAUGUCAACAGUGCCAACAUACGCUAUCAGUUGGUUUCAUGGCUCUGUGAGGCCAUCAUCAGCUUCCAGCAACUUUAUCGCAAUGUGUACACUUAACGGCAAUCUUUCAGUGAUCAAAGAUGAGAAACUCUCUUGGUCCAUGACCCAUAAUCAAAAUGUCUUCACAGUUCAAAGACUUGACAUAACAGAUGAUGGUAAAGAUGAAGUUAUUUUCUGCUCAUGGAGUGGUGAAACUUUUAUAAUGGACCAAUAUGAGAACAUUGUUAAUUUCAAACUGGGUCAGGAUAUCUCAGCAUUCUGUGCAGGAUUCUACUCUCGAGAUCCAGGGGUGGCCAAGCCUUGCUUAGUGUAUGUGAUGUUUAAUAAUCGCAUUCGACUGUAUUGGAAUGUAAAAUUGAACAGAAUGGAGUCGCGAAAUUUCAACGAUGCAGUUGUGAGUUUUUUUAACAAAUUUGACAUGGACCCUGCUGUCAGGGAUUACAUUGAGGAUGAUAAUGGCUCACUGGAUAAUAAUAGGAUAAAACAGUUAACCUCUUGGUGUCUUUAUGGGGCAGGAGCAGGAGUCCAUCCUCAGGAGCAUUGAAACAUCUAGCAUUGAUGAUAUUGCUGAAGUUUGAUUGUGUGGGAUGUCAUAUAUAAUGUCAUUAACAUCCAGACAAUACUAAUUUAUAACCAAUACUAACAAGUUUUAUGUAAUGAUGGAAUAUUUACUGUUGCUACUAACAACUAAGAAAAAUUAUUUAAGUUUGUAUGCGCUGACCAUAAAUCAUGUUAGCUGUACAAAGUGAGAUUUCACAGUUUUGAACAC